AUGCCUGCCCGACGUCAUUCCCCACGCGGUGUCUCUGCCGUAGCGACGGUGGUUGCUGCAUUGAUCUUGCUUCUCCUCAUCUUCCCCGCGUCACCGCUGCGGCCGUCUUCUGUUGCGGCGGAGGUGGAGCUGGUGGAGUGGCGCUGCCCCCGCUGCCCCAUCUGCGCCGCCCGCGGCACCCCGCUGCUCCUCCGUCUGCGCCACUGCGUCCUGACGGCGCUCCCUGCGGCGUUGGUGCGGCGGGAGUUUGCGCUCGCAAAGGAUGAGGCACUGCGCCAGCGCGUCAUGAAGGAUGUGGAGGAGCUGCUGCUGACGCGGGUUGCGGGGCAGGAGCACGUGAAGGGGGCCAUUUUAGAGGCGGUGCGGCGGAAGUUGUCCUACCCGCAGGAUCCACUCGUCCUGCACUUUGCAGGCGACAACGGGGUUGGCAAGACACACACCGCACGCCUGUUGUCCCUCGCCACCUCCCUGCGUUGCGCCCCAUCCCGCCCCGCGUGCGACAUGGGUGACAACAUGCUUGUCAUCUCCGGUACGGGCUUUGAUGGGAUGCCCGUCGCGGACGCACGGCUGCGCAUCAUGCAACGCGUGACGGCGCACCAGAAGGCCUACCCGCACGGCAUUGUGUUGCUUGACGACCUGACGGCGAUGCACCCCAAACUCGUGGCUGCCCUCGCGCCACUGCUUGGACGCGCGGAACGCUUUGAGGAGCAGCCCGCGGGCACUCCCUCCCUCGCCCAGCUGCUGGUUGUGGUCACCACAGACUUUGGGCAGCAGGGACGCACGUGGGGGAAAAGCACGGCGGAGGUUGAGCAGCUGGUUCGUGACGAGUUUGCUGGUCUUUACGGCACACUCACCUCUGCCUUUACCCGAACCAUGUUGUUUGCCGCGUUCUCCAGGCGAGACGCGGAGAAGCUGGUUCAAAUGGCCGUGGCCGCCCUGCCGUGCACGAGGUACUGGAGCGACGGUGGUGCGGUUGUCGCGAGCAGUAUCGAUGAGUUGGCGGUCGCCUUCCUCGUGGAGCGGCACCGUGAGACGUGGGAGGGAAAGGAGAAUGGGCAUGCGCUGCGGCGCGCCGUAGAGGACAGUCUAAUCUCGCUCCUGCUGCAGUAUUUUGACCAACACGGCCACGACACGGUCGUCUGGGCCUAUUUUCGCCUUGAUGAGUUGACGGCGAAGAUAGUUCUCAGCACCGGCGCGGAGCGCUACCAGACUGACACACGCAGCAUUGGGUACUCGGGGGUUGCUGCAGGGCCUGGCGGGGCUGCUGCUGCCGCUGCCGCUGCCGCCGCCACCACCGCCGAUCGCCCUGGGGAGGGGAAAGCAGAGGAGUUUGCUGAGAGGGGCAUAGGCCCGUACACUCUUAACGGGGAUUUGUGA